AUGAAGACGAUGGAAACAAGCGUCCGAGAUGCAAGUAGCACGGGGAGGGGAUAUCCUCGUCACGACGUGAUUUGCUUUGCAUGGAGGCUGUGCCGCCGUGCUGAAGGUCUCGAACAAGCUAUCCAGCGUUGGGCAUGUGACCAAGUGCCCGAGAGCCAUGCAAUGUGGGCAUCACCCAGUCGUACAGCGCUGUCAAGACCACCGCAGAGUCGACGUAAGAGCAUGUUUAUGGGCAUGGCCGCGCAGCUCGUGCCUUGCCAACAGUACCAACAACGCGGCUCCAGGUCGGACACGUAG